GGCGUAGUUACGUAUGACAUUUGUGCAUGUGUGUUUACGUAGUAGCUUAUCCUAAUGAAAACAUGUUGAAAUUUUAGCUACGCAUUGGUACAUCAGUUAAAAGUGCAAAGCUGAAUUUUUGUUGGUUGUGUUUCUCUAAUAAAAAAUUUGCUGUGAUGCGAUAAUGCACAUUGGAAAAGGACAAUGACUUUUUGGCAUCAGCAUCGGCCACCACCUCCACUGCCUCCGAAUAACCAAGGCUUUGGAGGUAUUGCACACCCAACUUUGCCAAACCAGGGAUACCAAGCAUGGCCUACAGCACCUCAAGGCCAACCAUUGCCGCCUCCAGGCUAUAUGGCACCCUGCAACAUGCCUGCACCGCCUGCACCACCACAAUUUUACCCGCCUCCCAGUGUACACAGGCCGCCCCCAUUGCAGCCUGCUCUUCAGUUUCCUGAAAACAAUAAUGCCAGCAUUGGGCCACCACCAUGGAUGAACAAUGUGCCAUCAACGCAACCUGUGAACACACACACAAUCGAGAAACCACUGGAGGAAGAGUCCAAAGAUGACAUACAGCUGAAAAGUCUACCACAGUGGCUGCAGAACAAAGUUAAGCUAUAUGAAUCAAGCCUACAAACCAGUUCCAUCAAGAAGGAAAAUGCACCGAUUGCUAAAGCGAGCACACCUCCUCUGGUCGUGCUGAGGGAGGCAUUGGAGGCUCUGGAAACGUUGAAGCAACUGGAAACCUUGGCCGAUAGCCUUGUUCUUUGUGGAAACGAUGAGCAGUGGUCUGCACUUAUGCAGCAUGUCGAAGUCCACCAGGCAAAGCUCAAGUCUCGAUGUCAGGAGCUUUCCAAGGAGGACAUUUUAUCUCGACUGCUGGCUUCAGUUGAGCGAAGACGAAAGAAAAGGGAGCGGUUGAAGAGACGGCGUGUACGACGAGAACAAGAGGCUCAAGAGCAUGAGAAACAUGUGGCCAUGAUAGAAGCCAAGAUUAAUGCACGCCGUCAACGAAUACUAGAGAAAGCAAAUCAGGAAAGACAGGAAGAAGAGAUGAAAGAGGAAGUGGACUCUAUCCUGGGAGAAAUUCGGUUUAAGAUCAGCCGCACAAGAGAGUACCUUGAGAAACUAGAAGCCAUGAAACAGCUUCGGGCUGCUCGCAAGGAAUCAUAUCAGCAAAAAGGUCUCUAUGUCGCUCCAGAAGCAGAUAGCAGCUUCGAAGAAGGCAUCUCAUCUGUGCAGCAACUCCUUGAAGGCCAGCUUUCAGAUUAUCUGAAAGAGGAAACUGCGCUCAAAGUCAUGCUUGAAACAGAACAGAAGGAACAAUACGAGAGCAACAAGCUUGCAAACAAGCAGGCGGCUGUGCUCAAGGGUUUGUUUGGAAGCACAGAAGUGGACCCUGAAGUGCUCCCAUUCAAUAAACUCUACACAUCUUCAAGUGAAAAUCUCGAUUCAUUGGCGUGGGUCAGAAAUGGCUGGGACAGGUUUCUUGUGCCUCCAGAUCACCCAGCGGGUUCCUCGGUGCCUGUACAGUGGGUCGUGCCUCAGGAGCCCUCUUCCCACUCAUGGGCUAUGUACUGUGCAUCCUAGCUAUGCCACUCUAGAUUCAAAUUUCUGUUAAAUAAAUGAACUUCUGAUAACUGUU